GCAAAACAAAAUGGCCGAUGGUCCGUGCAAGGUGUGUCGCGGAUAGUCGAGUUAUUUUUACAGCGAAAAACCAUUGAACUUCAGUGAAAAAGUUACGGUGUUUAUUGCUACUGCGGCGCAGCGGGCUUCGCGUCAGCCCGGCGCGGUUCCGUCGCCCGCGACAUCGGGGCUUCGCCCUUCGCGACUCGCCGCGCGCGUUUGGAGCCCUAGCUCCCUCGGUACCGUGAGCCCUGCAGUGGAGGAUGUCGUCCCGCCGCAACGGGUCGGUGUCCCGCGCCGCGGAGGCCGCGUCCAAGAACCGGCUUCACAUGGACCGGAAUCCCCAGCACUCCAGGAUCACUGAUCCGUCGAACCCUGCCGGUCGGCGGAAGGAGAUCGACAAUGUAAUGAAGCGAGCGCGCCAGGCCUCGCCCGGCAGCUGGGACCGAAAGCUGUUGGAAGUCGAGGAGAAAGACCCCAACAGAUGGCGCCACACGGGCUACAAGCAGAUGUACAUAGACGGGUCCGGGUCGGUAUCCCCGCGACGGUCUAGGUCUCCGAGACCGCGCCGGUCCCGUUCGCCCAUAGCCGCUCGUCGCUCGCGCUCGCCGAUCGCUCGCCGCUCGCGCUCGCCCAUCGCUCGUCGCUCUCGUUCGCCGAUCGCGCGGCGCUCGCGCUCGCCUGUAAUCCGGCGCUCGCGAUCGCGCUCGCUCCGCCGCUCGCCGCGGCGCAGUCCUAGGAAGAGUCCUGUCAGACGCAGCCCGGUGGCGCGGCGCCGCACGCGCAGCCCGCGCGCGCGCCGGCCCCCUGCAAGGCCCCCGCGGCCCCCCUCCCCGCCCGACCCCCGCCAGUCAUCCCCUUCUGGUUCGUCAAUGAGCAGCUGCUCGGACGAGUCCUGCUCUGUCUGCUCUGCCAAAAACAAGAAGCCUGCUCCUCCGCCAGGGAAGCCAGGCAAGCCGCCCAGGCCGGGUUCUACGUCUCCAAGACGCGCGGCUAAACGACCAGCGCCGCCGCCCGCCGCCCGCGCCGUUCAACCUACUCGAGAGUUGCUCAAGGCUAGAGAAGCCAGCAAGCGGACUAGAGAGGAAAAGGUCCUAGAAUGGCAGCGCUCGCAGCUGGCGGCCCGCGCGCCCCCCCCCGGCGCGCCCAUCCCCCCCGCGCACAUCAAGCGCGAGGGCGCGCGCCGGGGCCCCGCCCGCGCCCCGCGCGCCGUGUCCCCCGCCGCCAUCGCCGCCGCCCUCGCCGGCAGCGGCAGCGGCUCCGACUCCACGCCCGACCAGCAGCCGCCGAGGCUGACACUAUCCGAGCGCUUCGGCAAAAUGGCGCAGUGGUCGGCCGACCGCUCGGCGCGCCUCGACAACAUGCGCAUCACACGACGUGACGCCACUCUACACGUGCGCAUCGAGCGGGCCGAGGAUGAAGGAGACCCGCCGGCACCCGGGGAGCGACCAGGCCUGGAACCGGCUCCAAUAGGCAGCUACCCUGAAGAGUUGUUGGCGGCGGCGCCCGGCGGCCUGCCGUCCUGGGACGACGUGCGAGUGCGCUACGAUUACUACAAGAAACGCGGAUACUUGCGGGGUCUAACCCUGAGCGACUAUGUCAAAUGGGAGGAAUGGUGGUACAAGUACCAGGAGUGGCUGAAGAGAGAGCGGGCCUACGAACGCUGGGCCGAGGGCGAAGUGGGAACGGUCCGCCGCGAACGUCGUCGCAGAGGCGGCCGCCACCGGCGCAGCUGAGGAAACGCCGCCCCCGCGGCGGUCCUGGCUGUGGACCUCGCCGCGGGGGCGUCGCGCCUGUAGGCCGGCAACGCCCCGCCCACGCCCCGCGAGCACUGCCGGUAGACUCAACUCCCCACAAAAUGUGUUUUGAUAUACACCAUCCUAUAUCACUUGAGACAACAUAUAACAUACAACUAUUGUUAUAUUCUCACCGACAUAUCGAGUUGACACCGAGCACUGCAGAAACUAAGCGGCGGUAGUGGUGCAAAAGACUGUGUGUUAUAGUGUUUAGAUUACCCUUUACAGUACAUAUUUUAGUGUAUUAUAAUACAUAGAUUUAUACUUGCCGAAAUUGUAAACGAAUGAAGUAUUUUUUGAUUUGAUGACACGCGCGUCACGAUAAAACUUUCAGGAAGGUUAGACGCGCCAAGCGUGUCAUUAGAAAAAUAUUGUAUUUGGAUUUUCAAAUGUCAUGAAAUCUUAAAAUUGUUAAAGAAAUAAUUUUAACUCGUACAAACUCGUACUUUUAUAUUCGUAUUUUUAUGCUAUUCAAUUGAUUCAAAUUGUUAGAAAGAGAUGAUCUUUCUUCUAACUACCUUCUAUAACUUCUUUAAAAUACUUUUUUGUUUAUAAUUUUGGCAAAAAAUAUAGUAUAUUGUAUUAUUCACAUGUCUUCAGCAUACAGUAGACUGUAUAUUGUACAUAGUUUAGAUAUUAUAUUUUGUUUGUAAAGAACAACAUUUAUAAAAUAGUUAUUUUUAUUAAAUAAUGUGUAUUAAUGUCCUUUUUGAUCAAAAAAUUAUGUUAGAUUUAGUUUCUAUGCACAUUUUAAAACCUGUUUGCUUGUUCAAAAAUAGAAAUUUUUCGUUAAUUUGAAAUAAAUGUGUAGUUUUUGAAAAUUAUAGUUUCGUAAUGAACAAUUUAGUUCAAACUAUCUCUAUUUAAAAUAAGUUUUGAAUUCGUUCUGAAAAUAAAAACGAUACAUGCGAUUUUAGAUGAUUUCUUUCAAGCUGUUAAAUAUUAAAACAAACAAUUUUUACAUUAUAUUUUAAUGUUUUUCUUCAACGCACACACUUCAGUGCAAUAUUCUCAGAUAUUAUCAUUAACUUUGUAUAUAAACACGAUUACAUAAACUAUAUUAUCUUUUAGCAAAACUUCCUUCCGUCUUAGAUAAAAAAUUUCUCACUCAUAUAAUACCUUGAGUAUUAUUAUUUAUUUUGUAAUAUUUAGGUAUUAAAACGGUCGUUUGAAUACAAUAUUAGUUUUAGAGUCAAAAGUAUACCACAAUGUGGUAUGUCAUAUUAUGUCACGAAGAAUUCUAAUAAAAUGACAAUCUAUCGCCCGUAUUCACAAACAUUACUAUGAGGUCUCACACGAACCAAUCACAGAGCUCUAUUCAACGCUGUGCGUGCGGCUUGCUGCUUCACUUACGCAAGCAUCGUUUGUGAAUACGUGCAUGCAUUAUAAAGUCGCGCAGCGAGAGAUGGGGCGAUAACACAAGCAAAGAUUUGUAUCUGUAUACGCUCGCCGCGCUGACGUAGUUUCUCUGACAAGUGCUUUCUGUCUCGCUUGCACGCAUUUAGCAAGAGCAACGUGGGUAUAGUCCGGUCGCCGAGGACGUAGAAUUUCGUCCAAUGACCCCUAGCUACCCAUCCUUAUCGCUGGCGCGUAAUUACAUUGGACGAAAUUCUACGUGCUUGGCGACCGGGCUUUAGUGUAUUCGAUACUAGAACUUGAAUGUGUUGUGUUAUGUAUUCAAAUAUAACAUCAGUGUGUGUUCGCCUCAAGCCUUGCUAUGCUACCUAUAAAAGAUGUGAUUCCUAUCACAACUUUCUUUAGUCAAUUGCGACUGAGUGAGAGAGGGUGUAGUCAACAAACCAACACUCAUAUCGUCUAUUAAGACCUAUAAAUCAUCAUAAUUACAUACGCAUUUUGUAAACUUGAUUUUUAUUAUCAUCAUCAAGUCAUUUAGACUCCAUUCCAGGAGCACGACCCUCUAAUUCACAAGGCAAAUGAUAUUUCGCCUACGUAUAGUUGUAGCCACAGGCUUCAUACACUUCGUAAAAAUAUUUAGAAUGUCCGUACAUUAUGUACGUUGUAAAUAAUUAAAAAUCUCAUAAUUAUUUAGAGAUAUAGAUGUUUAUAAUAUAGUAAUAGUAUGUAAGCAGCUACUAAAAGUAUGUUUACAUUUUAUUGAUUUAUGUAUGUAGAUCUUAUGUCUGGCUCUCAAAAGUAUACUGAUUUAUAUUUAUGAAACGACCGAGAUCGUAAGGCUAGCGGAUUUCUGACCAGAAAAGCAUUAGCACACUUAUCAACCUGGAAAGGGAUCAAAAACGUAUCGCCUUUUGCCCACUGUCUACCGCGAGGCGUUUACGUUACGGUGCGGAUAAGUGUGCGUUGCAGUACGGAGUUUUAUACAAAGAAUACUGACCGCCUCGAGUUGAUCAAGUUACGAUCCGUUUCCGGGUUGAUUCGUGCUUCGUCCUUUAUCCGGCUCGAAGGACCAUUUGUAUUUCGAUCGUAUUGAACUUGUUUUUUAAAUCUCUGCUGACCUGAAAACCUUAGUGGGUCUAUAUCAACUACAGGCUUAGGUAUAACUGAGUAAAAUUCCUGAUUUUGUGUGAUGUUUCACUUCAGUAACCUCAAGACGUAACCUUCGAUUUGUCUCCUGCUUUGCACAGGAGGGAAGUCGAACAUUAACUUCGAACUCCUAUGUUCUUCUGAUUAAUUUCGUUGCGGGUCCAAUGACAGUUUAACUUUCCCCCGGGACAAACUUGACCUUCACUGGUUGGGUUAUGGCGGUCAAGCUGUAGAUCCUGGCUACACAGGAGUUGCAGCGGUGGGAACGAGAGGUAGGAAUAGUCCCGCUCAGUUAUAAGCUAUGCCUGUAGAAUUUAAACUAACAGCAAUUUUAUCUGAUAAAUUGUAAUAUUAAUUUUGUAAGCUAGUCUAAAAUGAGAUUUAUAUUCAAUUACAGCUAAAUUAGAAUAUAUUUUCAUUGUGCAAUGUUUGUAUGGGACCCGACAUGUGAAGUGUAUGAUAUGGCAGGCGUCAUGUGAUACGUGAUCAUCAUACAACGCAUGUACAGCCAGCUUCAAAAAGUUCGUAACACCCAAAGUAGCCAAAAAGUUCAACACGUCUUUGUUACAAUUGGAAUAAGGUUGUGUUGUCAUGAUUUUGGCCACUUUGGGUGUCACGAACUAAUUGACGCUGACCGUACCUAGCACAUUUGGCUUUUCUUAAUUUCCAACCUAAUAUUGAAGACUAAGGUCAAGAAUCGACCAAGGCUAGGCGGCUGUCUAUCCAAAAAUACAUUGUUUAGUACU